UGAAACCGCCAAGUUAAUGAAUUGUCUCCAGCUAAACUAAAUAGAAAUUAGAAAAGAUUAACAGUUAUUGUUCGUGUCGUUCCUCAUGAAGAAGAGUUCUUCGUCAGCAUUUCUGGGCCAGGAUUUGGGCCUUGAUAUAGCUCAAUCCUUCUUCAAGCCCAUCCAACGAACCGAACCUCCGUCCCCCACCAAGCGCCACACCAAAAUCUCCGUCGUCGGCACCGGCAAUGUUGGCAUGGCCAUCGCUCAGACCAUCUUGACCCAAGGCCUCGCCGAUGAACUCGCCCUCGUCGAUGCCAAGGCCGACAAACUCCAGGGCGAGAUGCUCGAUCUCCAGCACGCUGCCGCGUUUCUGCCUCGUACCAAAAUCAUCGCCUCCGUUGAGUACGAUGUGACUGCCAGGUCAGACCUCUGCAUAGUCACCGCGGGAGCGCGUCAGAUUCCUGGGGAGUCCAGGCUCAAUCUACUACAGCGGAAUCUUGCGCUAUUCUCGCAUAUAAUACCCCAGCUUGUACACUACUCCCCCCACUCCAUACUGAUGAUUGUUUCCAACCCAGUUGAUGUGUUGACUUACGUUGCAUGGAAGCUCUCGGGGUUUCCAUCGAACAGGGUGAUCGGGUCUGGAACGAAUCUCGACUCUUCAAGGUUCCGUUUUCUAAUCGCGGAUCAUCUCGACGUCAACGCCCAAGAUGUGCAGGCGUAUAUUGUUGGGGAGCACGGUGAUAGUUCGGUGGCGCUGUGGUCGAGCAUAAGCGUGGGAGGAGUGCCAAUUCUGAGCUUCCUGCAGAUGCAGCAGAUUGCAUACGAGAAGGAAACGCUGGAGAAGAUUCACAGAGCGGUGACAGAGAGUGCAUACGAGGUGAUACGUCUGAAGGGCUACACGUCGUGGGCAAUCGGAUACUCGGUGGCUAGCCUGGCACGAGCUUUGUUGAGGGACCAAAGGAGUAUACACCCGGUGUCUGUGCUCGCCAAGGGCUUUCAUGGAAUUGAGGGUGGGGAAGUGUUCUUGAGCUUGCCUGCCCAACUUGGGAGGGGCGGGGUCUUGGGCGUAGCCAACGUGCAUCUCACCGACGAAGAGGCGCAACGCCUCCGUCAUUCGGCCAAGACCAUCUUGGAGGUGCAAAGCCAACUUGGAAUUUAGUCCAUACCUGUCUACUACUGUAUCUAUUACGUACGUUCCGUUUGUUUGCACUGGGUAUACUUUUUGCUUCGUAUUUAUCCUUGUUUUAAUUUGUCUGUAAAAUAGGAAAUUAAAUGAUUAUUGUGGCCUCUAAUUAUGAAGGAGGAAUGAGGAGGAAGAUUUUUUGUUUGGGGGAGUAAAGUAAUUAAGAAGCUAAAUAUGUAUCAUAAAAUAUAGGAAGCAAAUUGAUGUGGUACUGUGUGGUCACC